CAGCCCAGCAGGCUGUACUGACUUGUGGAGGCAGCCGGGGCAGCAGCCUCUGCUACGAGGAAGCCUGCUGGGUUGGGCAGGGGCAGGUGUCUCCAACCCCUAGAGAAGGAGAAGACCCUAGUGGACCCCAGCCCCUGGGGUUGUCUCAGGGGGCCACAGAACUGCACCAUGUGGGCCCAGGGGUGCUGCCGGUUCUGGUCCCGCUGGGGACAGGUGGUGGCGCUGCUGCUGUUGCUGCUCGGGGUGCCCCCGCAAGGCGGGGCACUGCCCCCCAUCCGCUAUUCCCACGCUGGCAUCUGCCCCAACGACAUGAACCCUAAUCUCUGGGUGGAUGCCCAGAGCACCUGCAAGCGGGAAUGUGAGACGGACCAGGAGUGUGAGACCUAUGAGAAGUGCUGCCCCAAUGUGUGUGGGACCAAGAGCUGUGUGGCAGCCCGUUACAUGGAUGUGAAGGGGAAGAAGGGCCCAGUGGGCAUGCCCAAGGAGGCUACAUGCGACCACUUCAUGUGUCUGCAGCAGGGCUCCGAAUGUGACAUCUGGGACGGCCAGCCCGUGUGUAAGUGCAAAGAUCGCUGUGAGAAGGAGCCCAGUUUCACCUGCGCCUCCGAUGGGCUUACCUACUACAAUCGCUGCUACAUGGAUGCAGAAGCCUGCUCCAAAGGCAUCACGCUGGCCAUUGUCACCUGCCGCUACCAUUUUACCUGGCCCAACACUAGCCCCUCACCACCUGAGACUACCGUGCACCCCACUACGGCCUCCCCGGAGACCCCUGGGCUGGACAUGGCAGCUCCGGCCCUGCUUAACCACCCCGUGCACCAGUCAGUCACCAUGGGUGAGACUGUGAGCUUCCUCUGUGAUGUGGUGGGCCGGCCUCGGCCUGAGAUCACAUGGGAGAAGCAACUAGAAGAUCGAGAGAACGUGGUCAUGCGGCCCAACCACGUGCGUGGUAACGUGGUGGUCACCAACAUUGCCCAGCUGGUCAUCUACAAUGCCCAGCCUCAGGAUGCCGGCAUCUACACCUGCACAGCCCAGAAUGCCGCCGGGGUCCUGCGGGCCGACUUCCCGCUGUCAGUGGUCAGGGCUGGCCAGGCUACGGCCAGCUCGGAGAGCAGUGUGAAUGGCACAGCCUUCCCCUCAGCCGAAUGCCUGAAGCCCCCUGACAGUGAGGACUGCGGUGAGGAGCAGACCCGUUGGCACUUCGACGCCCAGGCCAACAACUGCCUCACCUUCACCUUUGGCCACUGCCACCGUAACCGCAACAACUUUGAGACCUACGAAGCCUGCAUGCUGGCCUGCAUGAGCGGCCCGCUGGCCGUGUGCAGCCUGCCUGCCCUACAGGGACCCUGCAAGGCCUACGCACCACGCUGGGCCUACAACAGCCAGACGGGCCAGUGCCAGUCCUUUGUCUACGGUGGCUGUGAGGGCAAUGAAAACAACUUCGAGAGCCGCGAGGCCUGCGAGGAGUCCUGCCCCUUCCCACGGGGGAACCAGCGCUGCCGGGCCUGCAAGCCAAGGCAGAAGCUCGUUACCAGCUUCUGUCGGAGCGACUUUGUCAUCUUGGGCCGAGUGUCAGAGCUGACUGAGGAGCCCGAUGUGGGCCGUGCCCUGGUGACUGUGGAUGAGGUCCUCAAGGAUGAGAAGAUGGGACUCAAGUUCUUGGGCCGGGAGCCACUGGAGGUGACUCUGCUCCACAUGGACUGGGCCUGUCCCUGCCCCAAUGUGACGGUGGGCGAGACAUCACUUAUCAUCAUGGGUGAGGUGGACGGCGGCAUGGCCAUGCUGCGGCCUGACAGCUUCGUGGGAGCGUCAAGCACCCGGAGGGUCCGGAAGCUGCGUGAGGUCAUGCACAAGAAGACCUGUGACGUCCUCAAAGAGUUACUGGGUUUGCACUGAGGUCCCCACCCUCCCCUGGCCCCCACCCUGGCCCUCUUCCAUCUACCCAUCCCCCACUGCCCCACAGUCAACAAACUGGGCAAGGUCAGAUUAGACACUUGGGCUGACGAGGAAGCAUCAACCAACAUCAGAUAAAUGCCACCAGAGGGUCCAGAUCAACUUCUAGUCUUUGGGUCCAAUAAUGGGUCUAUAUUGCUUUUUCAGCUGAAAGGGACAACAGUAGAUGUUUAUAGGUACACACAAGUUAUUCCUGACAGCCAGUCGGCUCAGAUAUUA